GAAGGCCUUUCAUAGCUGGAAGAAUAGCUGGAACUCCACUCUUCGGCGCUGGAAUAACAGCUAAGUUUAGAGAUUUGGUGAGAAGUUUGCUUAUAAAUAGAGUAGUUCUUCCUUCUUUUUAGCUGCAGCAAAUACUCCUUUACUUCAUCUCUUUCUUUUAUCUUUCUUAUCUUUAAAAUAUAUACAGCUGCUUCACCGAUGCAGCUGGGGAAAGUUUUGUUGGCUUGAGUCUUGGUAUUUUUUUUUUUGAGUUGGCCGGGGAAAUAGCCGGAAAUCGAUCUCUGUUUCUUGGUGAUUUUAGGCUCCUCGGCAUCUCCAGACGGCUGUGACCAUUGCUGCAGUGCUGCUUCUCUUCGGCGAACAACGGAGCCGCCUGUUCUCUCCUUUUAUCCGUCCCUGAAGAUGACGCCAUGGCUUUAGCAAUCGAGCUGUGUUGCCGACAAACGAUCAAGGAACCAGGCUUCAACAUCAACGAGGGUGAAGUAUCACGAUGGUGGUCUUCAAAGAUAUUGUGGUCAAGGGUCAAGACUAUUUGCUGAUUUUGAGUGAUGAUGAGCAAGAGACGGAAAUGGGCAUGCAUCUAAGAGUAUUUCCGGCAUUGAUAGGCCACUAUGUGAAACCUUGGCCCAAACUUUUGAAUUCUCUAUAUCAGUCGGAAUGGACCAGCGAGAUCAGUUUGAACAAAGCGUCGAAGGCUCAUACAUUGCAUCCGGCCCGUCCUUGGCAAAGCAAGGAAUCCAAUUUUCUAUUGACUUUGAGGCGAAGGAUCAUCGAUAAAGAUGCCAAAUGGGGAAGGGUUACAAGCUUUCGUGGGGAAUUUCAUUUCUUUGAAGGCUAUUGGGAGUGGACUGAAGAUAUCCUUAGCCGCUGCGGGAAUGAACUCCGAGUUGUUGGUAUCUAUGAUGCAGUUUAUGCCUCUCUUUUCACUUAUGAUUGCCAGCCCGAGAUGGUUAAAGCGUUCUGUGAAGCUUGGUGUCCUGCGACGAACACCAUUCUCACUUCAUCUGGCGAGAUGUCUAUUUCUCUAUGGGAUUUACAGUAUCUAUCAGGGCUUCCGUGUACCGGGACACUGUAUGAUGAGGUUGUACCCUGCGCGAAAGAGAUUCUUGGCAAAGAUCAGUUUGGCAACCCGUUCAUUCCCUUGAGUUGUAGAUAUCUACUCUCUGCUUACUAUUCUCUUAAGUAUCGUGAUGGCAAGGAUCCUAAGAGCUCAGUUUCUAUCGAUGAAUGGAUCAAAUUUUGGUCGAAGAAAGCUUCAAAGUAUUCUCAUCCUCCUGCUCGCAGGGCAAAGAAAUCUCAACGCCCCAAAUCGACUUAUAAUCCGAGUGGUUCAUUUGAAGCGCAUCAACCAUGGUCUUCUGAAGAAAGGGCUCCAUUCAUCGAGCUUGAUGCUAGUGACAAGUAUCACACCACUAUGUACUUGGCAGCUCAUAUAGCUUGCUGGUUGUGUAUCUUUGUUUUUCCAGAUGGUGAUGCCAUGUCGAUUAGACCAACCUCUUUCAAAAUGGCAAGUUUGAUGGCGUGCAAACAGAAAGUUGCCCUUACAGCUCCAGUUCUAGCCAGCAUCUACAAAGGGUUGAACACUAUCUCUAGUUCUAUGGAGCCUUCUCUUGUCCUGGUGACGCUACCCUUUCAUUUCAUAUAUGGUUGGAUAGCGCUCUAUUUCAACACUCACAUUCCCCUUCCAAGAAGCCUUGGUGUCGCCAAGAUGACUCUAUACUCAGGCGAAGGAGCUGCGAAGUAUUAUCUGCCUGUUGCGUGCCGCGAACGAAUUCAGUCGUACAAUUCGAUUCGUUGGAAUUGUACCACAUUCACCAAGGAAGAUGACAUUUUCUAUGUCGAUGGUGAAAAUACAAGAGAGAUUGAGCAAUGCUUCUUCAUGGCUAUUCGCUCGAGUUUUUUGGUUCGCCGGUUGGAUGACCACUUCAUCGUGGAGUCUUAUGGUCCUCACCGCUUCAGCCGUCAAUUUAGCUAUUACCAAAUCGUACCCAGCAGCCUUACUCAGAACAUUCGAAGGACAUCUUUGGAAGAAGGUCUCAACCUUUGGCGCAUGUGCUUGCUGCACAGAUCGCGAUCAAGGGCAUGUUUUCCACGAUCUUCUUUGGACAUGAAGAUACAUUGUUCAGUCGACUAUAAGACUUGGUGGGAUAGGACGUACAGAUUUUCUUUUGAAAACAAAAUCUCUUCUCCGGCUCAUAUCACUUUUAAAAGAAAAGAUCAGGAAGAAGCAAUCAACUCCAAAGAUGGAAAGAGGAAGGUCGUCUCUACCACCCUCAUAGCUGAUUCUGGUAGUAGCAAUUCUGAGCGUAAUUGGAGAAAGAAGAGAAUUGCGGGGUCCUCAAAACCGGCCGAGGGUCACGUUGAGGAAGAGCCAACUCUAGUGGAUGUCGAUGUGAACAAGACUUUGAAAGAAGUGUUUGGAAAUAAUCUUGAGAAGGGCUCACCAAUCGACUGUGUAUCCAUUGAAUCCAAUAAGUCAAACGAAAUUCCUUGUCUUGCUAAACAAUCCCGCCCCCGACCAAUGCCAUCAUGUGGGGCGCCUUCCGAGUUCAAUGCCACACGCAUGAUCGAUGAUGAACUCAAGUCGUGCUGCAGGAUCAUCUGGGGAAAGCUUCGUGACAAGGUUGAGAGAACCAAAGUCGAGUUUCUAUCGGCGCUUGAAGACGAGAUACGGAGUGGCCUUUCCCGUAUGAAGAUUAUUUGUGGUCUUGACCUUUCCAACCUUGAAGAUAGUAUUGAUGAACUAUUUUCCAAAGCCACCACUUUUGAUAAAGUAAGGUCGGCUUCUCAUGAGAUCAAUGAAGGCCACACACUCAAAGUUCGAGAGGUCAAGGUUUGCCUUCAAGAGAAGUUUGCCAAAGAGAAGAAGGAUGCUGCGAAUUGUGAUGCUUUAAAAGCGGAUCUUGAUGAGUUGGAGAAACGCAAGAAAGAAUUGUUGGUGUCUUUGGAGCAGCGAAGCCUGAUACUCAAGACUACUCGUGGUGAGAUCAAGGUACUCAAGGAAGACCUGGCCAAGCUUGAAGAGGCUUCGAGAAAUGAUGAGGUCUUGAAGAAUUUGGAAGCCUUGAAGCUUUCACUAGAGUCUAUGCAGCAGAUUUUGAGAGAUCAAGACCCUUUUGCUUAGUAUAUUGCAUUUUUAUCAUUCCUCUUUUGAUGAUUCUCAUUUGGUUUGUCAUGGAUAUUUUGACAUCUUCUCCCGAUGCUUGUGCUUCUUUUGAUGACUUGAUUUUUUUUUGCUAUUUUGGAAUGAAACGUCUUUUGGUUUUACAUAAUCAACUUAAAUCAUAACUUGAUGAUAUAAAUUGAAAAGAGUCAAACACAACUUAUGACUGAACUUAGAAAUUAUCUAAGCUGCCUACGUACCCUUUUGAAAGGGAUCAAGUCAAAACGUAGUUCAUAGGAUCAACAAGUGUUUGAGAUUGGGUGCCGUGCACAGUUUAUACUCAUGCGGGCCAGGAGUAACAUGCAGUUUAGGCUCGUGCGUCAAGGAGUUGUCUUCAUACACUCCAUUUUGUUUGCUUUUCUCCAUUUCUGGUUUUUUUUUUCAUCUGACUCAUCUUUUUGGCUUUUCUGUUUUUUUUUUUUUUUUUUUUUUGCAUUAAACUAUAUACAUAUGUACAUGCUUCAACUUCUACCACCUUUCAAGGAUAGUAACGUUUCAGGAACUUGCCAUUGAUAGGCCCAACUCUGACGUUGUCAUCAGAAAGAAGCCUGUAUGCUCCGUUUGUGUAGACUUCCUUGACAACAUAUGGGCCAUCCCAUCUUGAUACGAAUUUGUUUCCAACACGAUGAGUGACAACGAUUGGCCUCCUCACAGCGAGGACCAAAUCUCCAACUUGAAAAGAACGCACUCGCACCGUCUUGUUGAAAGACUUUGAGAGGCGAGCUUGGUAGCAUUCUAACUUUUGCUGAGCUUCCAGCCUUUUCUCAUCUAGAGCUUCGAGUUCCUCCAGACGCAGACGUGCAUUUUCUUCUUCAGUUAGCCCUUCCUGAAUGGCCAUUCUCAAAGAGGGAAUUUGUUGCUCGAGAGGAAUGACAGCUUCAACCCCAUAUACCAAAGAGUAAGGCGUUGCCUGCGUAGGAGUUCUAUAGGUGGUUCGAUAUGCCCACAAUGCUUCCCCAAUACGUUCAUGCCAGUCACGCUUUGAUUUUGAAAUAAUUUUCUUCAACAGAUUGCACAAAGUCUUGUUGAAUGCCUCAGCCAACCCAUUUGCCGGUGCAUUAUACAUUGAUGACUUCCGUUGCUUGAAGCCGAAUUUUUCACAAAGCUUGUUUAUCACCGUGUUGCUGAAAGGUGUUCCAUUAUCAGUUAUGAUGUAGCGAGGAACUCCAUAGCGAUAGAUGAUGUUGGUCUUGAUAAACUCAGCAACGGUCUCUUUCUUCACUUCUCUUAAUGGUAUCGCCUCAGCCCACUUGGAGAAGUAAUCGGUCGCUGCCAAAAUGUAUAAAUGCCCCCUUGAUGAUUUUGUCAAUGGACCAACAACAUCCAUGCCCCAGGCAUCAAAAGGCCAGGACGCAACCGUGGGGUGUAGUGGUUCGGGCGGCUGAUGGAUGAGGUUUGCAUGAAAUUGGCAAGCUUGACAUCUUUGUGCAUAAUCUUGACAAUCUUUCACCAUGGUUGGCCAGUAGUAGCCCAUCCUCUUGAUUCGGAAGUGCAGCUUUGGACCUGACUGGUGAGCACCGCAAAUGCCAGAAUGCGCCUCUUCCAUGGCUUUAGCAGCUUCCUCACUACUUAGGCACCUGAGAAAUACUCCAUCAAAAGACCUCCUAUAAAGCGUCCCUUUGAAGAAAAUGAAACGAGUGGCGCGCCGUCGGAUGUCAACCCUUCGACGUGGAUCAUUUGGUAAUUUAUCAUACUUCAAGUAAUCGACCAACAGCUGGCGCCAAUCUUCCUCCUCAAUUUCGAAGACCUCAACAAGAUGACUUUCAAUUUCUUCACAUUUCUCUUCUUCAAAAAUAGGUGGUAUAACCCAUCUUUCACACACUGGAAUUUGAAUUUUGCCACUGAUCAUAGCUAUAGUAGACGCGAGUUUAGCCAAGGCAUCUGCUUGCUUAUUUUCACUUCUUGGAACAUGUUCGAUUUCCACAUCUCCAAGCCACUCAAUGAUCUUGCGAGCAUACUUGACGUAUGGCAAUAAUUCAGGUUUCUUCACUUCAUACAGUCCAAGUAUUUGAUUAACCACCAAUUUAGAAUCACCAUAUACUUUGAGGUGAGAUUGCUGCA